UUUACUCUAUGUUUGUAUUGACAAGAAGUCGGGGCGAGACUUGGCUUGAGGCAGUUUACGAUAGCGAAGCUUUCUUUUUGCAAAAAAACAGGCUUGAACAUCUGAAAUAAGUUAAAUUGUGAAUGUAUAUAAUGAAAUAAUUGUGUUAGUUGUAAGCUGUAAGGAUUAUAUUGUGUAAAAAUGGCUGCAGUUAAGAAUAAUGGGCCGAUAAUAGACCCAGCGUUGUGUCGGUGCUGCAGGGCUAUAAAAAAAUGUCGAGUUCUCACAUCGGAGUACACUUGGAUGGAGAAAAAGGAAGUAUAUGCUGACAUGGUCAUGGACUGCUUUGGAAUAUUGCUAUCUCACGUAGAUGACAACGACAAGGAUUGCGGCGUGUGCGCAACGUGUGUCGUACGCCUCCGCGACGCAUGCGCAUUCAGACAGCAAGUGCUGCAAUGUGAGGAGUUGUUCCUCAGCGCUAAGCUCGAAGACAAGGAUACACUGGCUGGUGAGAUUACUGAACCGAAGAUAGAUAAGCCACAAAUGGAUAUAGAACUGAAGAUUGAGCCGAAAGACGACUGCAGCGAGAUAUCCGGAGGAGCAGACCAUGAUGAUGACAUGUCCAUGGAUUAUCCUGAGGAUGUUGAAGAAAUUAAAGCCCCCAAAAAAGAGGAUGUGCCAACAAAUGAUGAGGCCCAAAAACCGGAGCUACCUCUAGACGAAGACUCGAAGCUAGAUGAUGAUGAUGAUGACGAGAGCGACUGGUCGGCUUCAUCAUCAGACUCCGACAAACCCAUCAAGAAGAAGGCUAAGAAGAAAGCUAAGAGUAAUGGCGCGCAGAAGAAGAAGAAAGUCGCUGUUAAGAAGCAGAAAGCUGGUACAUCAUCAAAAAAAUCACCGAAAACUAUCAAAAAACCACCCGUUGAGAAGAAACAAAAUUACGACCGAGACUUAGACUGUAUGUCUGAAGAAAAUCUGCUAACUAUCAUACAGUAUUCUUACGUAUGUCCUUUUAAAAACAGGCGAAAUAACUACUAUUGCUUCUACUGCAAAGAUUAUUACCCAAAACCAGAAGAUUUGAGAGAACACACAGUUUCUCAUGACACUAAACCGUUCCAACUACUUAUGGGAUACAAAAAAAUGAUCAAAAUUGAUAUUACAAGAAUAGAUUGCAGACUCUGUCCUCAAAAAAUAGACGACUUAAACGUUUUUAAACAACAUAUAGAUCAGGUACACGGUAAAAAAAUAUAUUUUGAGGCUCCGGAUAAAAUGUUGCUUUACAAAUUAACAUGGAACGAUUUAGUGUGUGUAAUGUGUAAUGAUGUUUUUGAAGAUUUUAACACUUUAAACACACAUAUGGUUGAACAUUUCAGCAAUUAUACUUGUGAUAUAUGUGGAGUCUGCUUUUUGGAAAAACCGAGGCUCGAUGCUCAUUUAAAAAGACAUAAGGACGAUGAACGGCAUACCUGUGAAGUUUGUGGUAAAGUGUUCAAAUCUAAUCAUUAUAAAGACAUGCAUGUAGAUAUAGUACAUAAGAAAAAAGCUAUAAUAAGAUGUCCUCGUUGCGAUGAAUGUUUUAUGUCCUAUGCGUUAAAAAAUAAACACUUGACCGAGGCCCAUGGACAAAAGAGAACGUACCCGUGUAACUUAUGUGACAAAGUCUAUAAUAGACAAAAGACAUUGACAGAACAUCAAAGGAGGAACCACCAAAAAGUUUUGAAGCAUCAAUGUGAGUAUUGCGAUCAGAGGUUUUAUUUGCCGUCCCGGUUAAAAGAGCAUAUGGCAACUCAUACCGGGGAGAGGAAUUUUAGAUGUGAGUAUUGUGAAAAGAGUUAUCCUCGGUUAAAAUCUUUGCAGUACCAUAUUAGGACUCAUACGAAUGAUAGGAGGUACCGUUGUCACAUAUGUGGGCAAGCUUUCAUACAAAAUGCUAGCUUGAAAUCACAUAUAAAAAGUCAUCAUCCUGAGUGUGAUAUUGAAGGAUGCUACUUUUAAGAUUAAAUACUUUUUAGUCUAGCCGGAGGUAGAAUUUUGACAUUAGCACCCAUACAAGUGUUGUGUCAAAUUACUAUCUGUAUAGUUAUCGGCACGAAUCUUGAGCUCUGACCUACAUCUGCGCAGAAGUCAUUUAUUGGGUCCCUUUUGUGGUAUGAAGUGAGGCGCGGGGGCGGGCUAAAGCGGUGAUUGGCCCGCAGUGGC